CUUCCGCUAUUGGUGCAUACAUCUAUGUUUCUUCGGUGAUGCACCGACAGACUUUUUGGGAAUUUUGGAUUCGUGAUGUUUGGGGAUUUUGAUUGAAUUGAUUUUCCGAAUUUGAUUUAUGUUAUUUUUUUAAUCGAAUUGGUGGGCUCCUUUGGUUUCUGGGUUCGGGAGACACAGAAACUUCGGUAGAUCUCGAGUGAAUUGCUGUUGCCUGAGUCGGGUGGGGGAGAAAAGGGUUUCGAUUGGUUUUUUUUUCUUUCGGAUUUCAUGUCCAUUUGUGACCUGAACAUUAUGGUGUUCUAAUAGACGGAUUUCUUCCAGCCAAAUGGGUUAUCCGUGAGAGGUUAAAUGUGAAUGUGCUUUCAAUAGCUUUUCAAGAUAUAAUUUGAUUUCAAGAAACAUGUCUUCCUCAUCUAGAUCAAAGACCAAGGACAAAAAGGCUGGCAAGGAACCACAGAAGUCCUCUCCCAAGCCCUCAGGGCAUGGUAACGGAGGUAGUGGAGUCCCAGUCAGUGGAUACAAUCCGCUUUUGGGAAAAUUCCACACUCUUGAGACUACACCAUCUUCUUCUGCUUCACCUCUUCAUGUAAAUGGACGUUUCCGGAAUAUUGAUGAGACUGACGAUCAUUCUGGGAACUCACUUGGAACUGGGACAGAGUAUGACACAGUUUCCAACAAUGGUAGUUGGUCUGGUGAAUCAGAAGACCAUAAAGAUAAAGCGUCUAAUCCCCCUCUCCGUCAGGAGCCGAUACCAGGAGCUGAUAAUGACAAGAGAGAGAAAAUCCGUCAAAAGAAUGAGAGGAAACAUCAGCGUCAAAAAGAGAGGAGAGCUCAGGAAUUGCAUGAGCGGUGUAGUGGAUUUCUCAUGUCAAGAAAGCUGGAAGUGCUUGCCCAGCGGCUCGUUGCAAUGGGGUUUUCUUCAGAAAGAGCAACCAUGGCUCUUAUUUUGAAUGAAGGAAAAAUAGAGGAAUCAGUGGCAUGGCUAUUUGAUGAGGGUGAAGAAGCAGAUAUGCUCAAGGAACAUAACCUUGAUGGAGGCAAUCUAAAAAUAGACAUCUCAGAAGAGCUAGCUCGUAUUGCAGACCUGGAGAUUAGAUAUAAAUGCUCUAGGCAAGAGGUUGAGAGAGCUAUUGUUGGCUGUGAAGGUGAUAUCAAGAAGGCAGAAGAAACUUUGAGAACUCAGAAGGAAGACCCAGAUUCUAGCCUACCAAAGCCUGAAGAAACUGGCGAUCCACCUACUGUAAGCAUCAGCAAGCUUUCAGUAUCUGGUAAUCAGAACUCAACAAAGGCUCAACCUAAGUCAGUUCCAUCUAGCACUGUACAACAGAGGCGGGAUGAGAAAGAUUUCAAUUACACAAGAACAGCAGUUACAGUGGGACCACCUGCAGAAUCAGGUGGUAAAAAUGUGCAGUCUUCAAGGAAAGUUCUGCCUAGUUUGGAAUGGACAAAACCUCAACAAAUCACAAUGCCCGUAGAGAAAAGGUGGGCAAGUGGGGCAUCAAAUUCAUCUGCCUCCUAUUCUUUGGCAUCUUCUUUGCAGACAACACCUCCGCCAGCUAAGACAGAAGGCCGAUAUGCGGCACUUGGAAGCGAUUUGAAGAAUCUUCAGCUGGGAUCGGUGAAGGAACCAGUUAUAGUGAUGCAGCGACCCCAAUCAGCAAAUGCAAAACAGGCUCCAGCCACAAGCAUAAGCUCGUCUCCUCCUGGGACGGCCUCUGGCUGGUAUCCAAAUAAUGUAGUAUUAAAACCUAGUGGAUUGGUGCCGCAUAUUCCGAGCACAAGAAGUCUUGGUGCCAACAAUUUGAGUUCAAAUCAGAUGUACAACCAACUUCAUUAUCAAAAUCAGCAAUUGAUGUCCAACAACAAUAAUGCGGUGGAUACCCUGGGGGUUAGCCGUGGAAGUGGUUUCUUGGGUAGAAUGGGUUCCUCGCCAACACUUGCAGCAGCUUCCUCUCUUGGACUUUUCUCUUCGCUGGGCUCAAAUGGCUCAUCUGGAUCAUCAUCUCCCGUAGACUGGAACACUGGUCGCUCAAUGGUACAACUUGACUAUACCAACAUCGACUGGAGUUUGGAUCUGAGAUCAUCUGGUUCGAAGCCAAGUGGAACGUGGCAGGGCGUGACUUCCAUUAUGCAAAGCAACGCUAAUAUAUAUGACCCGUACACUGCUAAACUGAGUGCUAGGACUGCUUUGGGACCUGCAUUGACAAACAGUGGUGGCGUUGCCCUGGCAGGAUUUCAAGAUGGAGUAUCUCCAGCUGAAAUGUCUGCUUCUGGUUCGCGGGAGUGGUCUUCUCCUUUCGAGGAGAAAGACCUCUUUAGUUUACCCAGACAGUUUGUUUCUUCUCCUUCUCUGUAGGGGCAGAGAGAAUUUGAAAAAGAAAAAAAGCAGAAUAAAUGAAGGAAAGAGAAAAAGAAAGACCAGAAAUUGUGCUUGGGUUUAAAGUUGUGUUGGUUCUUAUGAUGCUGCUGUGUUUGUGAUGUGGUCAUUCAUAGUGGAAAAGCAUCCGAGAGCCAUUUCAUUUCUCCUCUCCCCCCACCCUCCCGUGUUUGCUUUUUACUUUUAGAUCUAUUAAUUAUCUUUCGCAGCCUUUCAUCCA